AUGGGUUUUGCUAUUUCUGCUAAAACUGCAUACACUGCUGCAGCUGGUAUGUCGCUUAUCUCAUUCCUGUGUCUUUUAUUAGUGAACUUGGGGACGCCAAUUAUCAAGUCAAUUUAUAUUGCGAGUUAUGGGGAUCAUGAGGAUGGGAAGAGGUUGUUUGGAAUAUACGGCGAGUGUACGCAAUUUUAUAGUAAAAGUAAUGAUUUUACUGUUUAUGAAUAUCAAUGCGAGAAUAAUUUUGAACAUUCGAACAUUUUUGACGGUACAAAAUUUUUGUUGAUUAUGCAUGCUAUUGGUGCAAUAACAUCAUUUAUGUUGCUUUACAUCGGAAUUUAUGCUCGUAAUCAUGUUCAUAGCCAUGUUGUGAAUAAAAGUAUGACAUGGGUCUUUGCAUUAUUCAAUUCUUUAAUUGUUUUGUUAGCAAUGUCAGGACAAAUUGACAUGUUUUCAAAACUCCAAGAUUGGUUUAAAGAUAAUGCUUCACCUUUGAAAUUUGGAGAUGGUGGACUUAGUCCUGUGAUUACAUCCCUUAUAUUCUCACUCUUGUCAGUACUUGCAUUUUACAAAGGAGAUCAAGCUGUAAGUGAAGGAGGCGGUGACAUCAAUGGUUCCAAUGAUAACGAAAAUAUGAAUACAGUAAUGACCAACCAGCAGAAACCUGUUCCUCAACAAUCACAAAUUCCACAAUCUUAUUUAAACCCUCAAUCUGAUACAGAUCAUCAACCUUAUUUGAGCACCAACGAUCAACCUGUUGUUUAA